AAAAGCAAAUGGAGAAAAAUCUUGAUUCUUGAUUGAAGACGCGUGUGCUGAUUGUGAUAACAAUGAAUGAGAUAGAGAUCUUGCUAGUAUUACAGUUUCGCGAAAAUUUCGUUAACCAAUUUGUUAAUGAGAAAUUUGGCAAUUGGAAAAUGUUUGCGGUAUAAAUACUGUCGCCAUCAGCGUUAAGUGCCCACAGUACCUUCCCAGUCUGAGGAACGUAAACUUGAACCAACUGCAGACAUGAGGAAUAUAUACGCUUUUGCCCUGCUGCUUAUUGCAGUUUUUGCAAGCACCACCAGCGGUGCCAGCGUUUCCGACCUUCUGUGUCGCAACAAGGCCAACGGCAUUCGGGCUCUGGUACCCGGCAGUUGCUCCAGGUUCUAUGAGUGCCAAAAUGGCGUUGCCAAGGAAUACUCCUGUCCCAAGUUCUACGACUUCAAGAUCCGCAGCUGCGUAACCUAUAAUCCUGGUUGUGUCGAGGGCGUUAUCGUUGAGCCAGAGGUCCAUCAAUCGGUCCGUGACACGGCCCAACCGUGCAAUGGAGCGACAACCACUCCACCACCUUGUGAAACCACCACACCCCCGUGUACUAAGACCACUACACAAACUCCGUGCUCAGGAAUAACUACAACUCCUACGACUACACCAGCUUCAACAACAACAUGUGCUCCAACAACGACCACAUCCACAACUACUACAACGACAACGACAACCACAACUACUACAACGACAACAACCACUACAACAACAACUUGUGCCCCAACGACAACCACAACUACUACAACCACAACCACCACAACUACUACAACCACAACCACCACAACGACAACAACCACUACAACAACGACUUGUGCCCCAACGACAACGACAACCACAACUACUACAACCACCACAACUACUACAACGACAACAACCACUACAACAACGACUUGUGCCCCAACGACAACCACAACUACAACGACCACCACAACUACUACAACCACAACCACCACAACUACUACAACUACAACCACUACAACAACGACUUGUGCCCCAACGACAACCACAACUACUACAACCACAACCACCACAACUACUACAACUACAACCACUACAACAACAACUUGUGCCCCAACGACAACCACAACUACUACAACCGCAACCACCACAACUACUACAACCACAACCACCACAACGACAACAACAACUACAACAACGACUUGUGCCCCAACGACAACCACAACUACAACGACCACCACAACUACUACAACCACAACCACCACAACGACAACAACCACUACAACAACGACUUGUGCCCCAACGACAACCACAACUACUACAACCACAACCACCACUACAACUACUACAACUACAACCACUACCACUACAACGACAACAACUUGCGCCCCUACAACGACGACAACAACAACGACGACCACAACAACGACAACCACAACUACUACGACCACCACAACUACUACAACGACAACAACCACUACAACAACGACUUGUGCCCCAACGACAACCACAACUACAACAACCACCACAACUACUACAACCACCACUACAACUACAACCACUACAACGACAACAACUUGCGCCCCUACAACGACGACAACAACAACGACGACCACAACAACGACAACCACAACUACUACGACCACCACAACUACUACAACGACAACAACCACUACAACAACGACUUGUGCCCCAACGACAACCACAACUACCACAACCACAACCACCACUACAACUACAACCACUACCCCUACAACGACAACAACUUGCGCCCCUACGACGACGACAACAACAACGACAACCACAAUUACUACGACCACCACAACUACUACAACGACAACAACCACUACAACAACGACUUGUGCCCCAACGACAACCACAACUACAACAACCACCACAACAACUACAACCACCACAACUACUACAACUACAACCACUACAACAACGACUUGUGCCCCAACGACAACCACAACUACAACAACCACCACAACUACUACAACCACUACAACUACAACCACUACCACUACAACGACCACAACUUGCGCACCUACAACGACGACCACAACAACGACAACCACAACUACUACGACCACUACAACUUGUACAACUACCACAACUACAACCACUACCACUACGACGACAACAACUUGCGCCCCUACAACGACGACCACAACAACGACAACCACAACUACUACAACAACUACAACCACAACUUGUACAACUACAACCACUACAACAACAACCACUACGACGACAACAACUUGCGCCCCUACAAAAACGACGACAACAACUUGCGUCCCUGAAACGACAACAACUACAUGCCCAGAAGCCGCUCCGACCACCACCACUUGCUCUGGCGUGACAACAACUGUCUGCCCCACUGUGGUAAAGGCGGUGGCUGCUAGCCAAUCAAAGCGUAAUCCUGUCCGCCAAAACCCCGUCCAAAAGCUACUUUGGGAAGUAGCCGAAUGGGCCGGUUUCUCGUCCGCUAGUUCGGAGGGUAAGAUAAAGGUUUCAUGCUUGGGAAAACCCGACGGAUUCCUGAUGGCAUCUCCUGAGCGGUGCAACGACUACUAUAUCUGUCGUCACCAGCGCGCCCUGAAGGUCAGCUGUGGUGACAGGUACUUCAACGGAAUGAAGGGCAUCUGCGAUCUCCCCGAAAACACAAGCUGUGUUCAGUCUUAAGUGAAAACUAAUUCUGCUGAUACCAACAUCAUUUUGGAAAUGUGACAAGAAUUUAUGGAUCGAAACUUUAAUUAAUUAUAACGACACUAUUUGAUCAUGCACGUAAGAAAAAGCAAGAGCUUAUAAAAGGCAAUCGAAAAAAUUA